GUUACUGGUUUACGUGUGCGAUUGUUUCGGCAGUCAUAUAUUACCGUGCCUGGCCUACUUUGUGGUGUCUUGAUUGAGAAAAAAAAACGGAUAGGUUUAUUUAUAUUAUGUGACACGAGUUCUUCGGAAGAAUCAAGAUACAUGCAUCCGCUGGGGCCUAGACCACAUGUCACCCGAAAAUGUCCAAAACUGGAAAACCCAAACAGACUAACAUCCCCGACGGUAAUAGACUGAACCGAAAGCAUCGCCACAGUCUACAACCCAGCCCCGUCAGCGAGGUUCCCCCUGGUGCCUUGAGGCACACCCAGAGCCACAGGUACGACUCCCAAGGCAAGAAAAAGAAGAAGACCGCUUACGCCGCCGACAUCCCUUCGAUAAUGGAAAGCGAAAACUCCGAUGACGAGUUAGAGAAGGACGUUGUACUGAAGAUGGAUAAAACGAAAAGUUCCGUCUUAAACGAGAACGAAAAACGAGGAACGAAGGCGACGAAAUCAAAGACCAAGGACACAAGCAACAAGGCCCCGUACGUAUUCGAGAACGCUGCCUUUGAGGGAAGCUUGCAGUCCAAAAGGGGCAGCACUGCGACCUCGUCUAGAGCUCCCAGUGUUCAAAGUUUAGAGAUAGUGAGGGAACAGUACUGUUGCUGCGCCAAAAGAACCAAGUGCGAAAGGAUAUUACUGACUAUGGUUAUAGUGCUAUUUAUAAUCGUUGUUGUUCUCGUUGUUGUGAUAGUAAUUGUAGCAAAACAAGAUGACAUUAGGCAACUUACACAGGCGAUCCGUAGUUUACGUUAGUAUUAAGUUUUUACGUGUUACCAAAUAUUAAAUUUUAAUAUACGUAAUAUACGUUUUGUUCCUUA